GCCGCCACUUCCGGGAGCGCCGGGCCGCGCCGCUGGUUGUGCUGUCAGCGCCGCGGGCCGCGGGGCCGGACAAUCGGGGGCCCGUCCCCUCCCGGCGCCAUGGGGGCGCCCGCGCGGCUGCUGCGCGCAGUGAUCCUGGGGGCGCCGGGCUCCGGCAAGGGCACCGUGUCGUCGCGCAUCACCCAGCACUUCGAGCUCAAGCACCUCUCCAGCGGGGACCUGCUCCGCGGCAACAUGCUGCGAGGCACAGAAAUUGGUGUGUUAGCCAAGACUUUCAUUGAACAAGGGAAGCUCAUCCCCGAUGAUAUCAUGACUCGGCUGGCCUUGAAUGAGCUGAAAAACCUCACCCAGUACAACUGGCUAUUGGAUGGUUUCCCAAGGACUCUUCCUCAGGCAGAAGCCCUGGAUAAAGUUUAUAAAAUAGACACCGUGAUUAAUCUGAAGGUGCCCUUUGAGAUCAUUAAGCAGCGCCUCACAGCUCGCUGGAUUCAUGCAAACAGCGGCCGAGUCUACAACAUCGAUUUCAACCCUCCCAAACGUGUGGGCCUCGACGACCUGACCGGGGAGCCCCUCGUGCAGCGGGAGGACGAUAAACCGGAGACGGUGGCCAAGAGGCUGAAGGCUUACGAAGCUCAGACAGAGCCAGUCCUGGAAUACUACCAGAAAAAAGGAGUGUUGGAAACAUUCUCAGGAACUGAAACCAACAAGAUCUGGCCCCAUGUAUAUGCCUUCCUACAAACAAAACUGCCACAAAUAAACCAGAAGUCAUCUGUUACUCCUUGAGGAAAAGCCGGUGUAACUAGUAAGAUGAGCAGAAGCUCCUUGUCCUAAGACUCAGACAUAUAUGAAUUCUUCAGAAAUUUUGUUAGUUCAUUUCUACUGAUUUUAUUCUGGAAAUUAAGAUGUGCCAAAUGAGUCAGAUUCUAAGAUUUGUCUUUUGACAUCAUCUAGUAUGUUUUAUCCAGUUAUCUUCGAUAGGUGUGCAAUUUUAAAACAUCAAAUAUGUCUAAUAAAACUUUUGAAAAGUCUUUUAGAGCAUAACUAAAAGAGCAACUGGUUGCACUCUAACUUUUGUUCAGAGAUUAAGUGGUUAAUAACAUUUCCUUAUUUUUCUGGAAAAGUAAAGAAAAAAAAUUCCAUGUCACUUGGGAAAAGUCUCAUCAGAGGCUUUUGCUUAGAGUGAUGCCAGAAAAGCCAUACCUAGCUCCGUGGUACACUGUGUCUUAUAAAAUCCCAGAAAAAAAGCAACUGGAUUUAUAGAUUAGUUGCAGGAUGCAAAUUCACUGCUGCCUCUACAUGAAGAGAUUUAUAAACUAGCCAUAUAUGUUGUACUUACUUUGUUGUAAAUGUACCUUCAAGGUUACUCAGAAUUUUCAAUUUGCUAUAAAAAUAUAUCAGUUAGCAUAUAGGAAAGUAUUUAUAUGAGGAAUUGACUUAAGUCCUGCAGAAAGACUGGAGUUGAAUUUACAAAGGAAAAUGUAAAGACCUAUGUUUUCAGAUAUUACUUUGGUUAAGAGAUGUGCUUUUGGACCUACUUGCCAGUUUCUCUUUUUAAUCAAAAUGUCUGAUCUGCCUUGAUGAGUAACAUUCAAGUAG